AUGAUCGAGCUAGGGCUGACUCGCGUCUCGCGCCUCCUUCAGCACACCCCGCUGUCCUGGAAGGCCAUCCAUAUUGCCGGCACCAAUGGUAAAGGCUCGAUCAGCGCAUACCUGUCGCACCUGCUGUCCGCCGGAGGGGUGCGCUGCGGCCGCUUUACCUCUCCACACCUGAUCGACCGAUGGGAUUGCAUUACGAUUGGCGAGAAGGUCGUCCAGGAAGCUCUAUUCCGCCAAGUUGAAGACCAAGUGAAGCUCCGCGAUCAAACGCUAGGAAUCGGCGCCUCCGAAUUCGAGCUCUUGACCGCCACGGCCUUCGAGAUCUUCAACCAGGAACAAGUCGAAGUCGGUGUGGUCGAGGUGGGCAUGGGCGGUCGCCUCGAUGCCACCAAUGUCCUCAGUGAUGUGUUGGUCUCGGUCAUUGCCAAGAUUGGCCUCGACCACCAAGCGUUCCUGGGGUCUACCAUCGAGGAGAUUACCCGCGAGAAGGCCGGGAUCUUGAAACCCGGCGUCCCCUGCGUCGUGGACAACACCAACGAGGCGGCAGUGAUCGCGGCAUUGACGAGCCGCAUCCAAGAGCUUGGCAUUGAUGCAACUUUUGUGUGUCCGGCAAAGGUGCAUGAGCAGCUUCCACCCCUUGCAUCUGUAUUCCAAAAGCUUGAUCUAGAGCCUCACCAACAAGAGAACAUGUGCUCCGCCGUAUCAGCGCUGCGCAUUGCCCUAUCGAAACUGCGUCCAGAGACCGAUACGUUCGCCCUCCUCCCACAUUUGGCCGAUGCGACAUGGCCCGGUCGUCUACAAAGCAUUGUUUUGCAACCUUUGAUUGAGCGCGAGAAGCCCAUCUUGCUCGAUGGUGCUCACAACGCACAGUCAGCCGAAGUCUUGGGAAUGCAUGUCGACCGCCGAUUGCGUCCGCAGGGAAACGUCACUUGGGUCGUUGCCGCCUCGAGUGGCAAAGAUCUGGCAGGGGUGUUCCGUUCCAUCAUCCGGCCGGGCGAUAAUGUUGCGACGGCAGAGUUUGGUCCUGUGGAUGGGAUGCCCUGGGUCAAACCAACCAACGCCACGGAGCUGGCAUCUGCCAUGCGAUGUAUUGACGGGAUUGGGCAAGUGGAAAGUUUUGAAGGCCAUUUGCUGCCCGCCAUGAAUUGGGCCAGCCAGGCAGCUCAAGAUGGGCCUUUGGUCAUUGCUGGGAGCCUGUACCUGGUCUCGGAUGUACUCCGUCUGCUCCGUGAGGCGCAGAAAUGA